AUGAGUUUUUGGUAUCCAUCUAUUAAUUAUACAAGGUUUGGAGAAACUAAAGAAUAUGGAUAUUAUGGAAAAGAAAUAAAGGAAGCAUUUGAAGAGGCAGAUAAAGAGAUACCAAAUAUUUCAAUUUCACGUAAAACGAAUCCUGAUGCUAUAUAUACAAGUAGAGCAUUUACAUUUAAAAAUUUGACAAAACCUAUUAAUUCGUCUCUUAACACCUCAUAUCUUGAAAAGGAUGAGAAUAAUGAAGAAUUUCAAGAUUCUCAAUUAAUUGAAUUGAAAAUUUCUAGCUCAUUACAAUUAAGAGACGUCAAUAAUUGA